AUGCCUAAUCCAUCUUGAUAAGCAUAUCAUAUUCUCGCAAUUAGCUAUCUGGUAUACUAGCUACUCGAUCUUCAGCCAAUCUGCUUGAAAAUAGUCAAGGAUCACAGUUCGUAUGUGUUCCACCUUUUGAGGUUCCAAAACCAGGCAAGUAUAUAUGAUUAGAACAAUGAUGAAACGAACCCAGGAGCUGCUGGUGUUUCUGGUUCUGGCUUUGUUCUACAAGGCCACCGGCAUGAAGCAGCCUUGCUGUAAGCCCCCGCAACCGGCCGACUGUGGCAGCUUUUGUUUGAGCUGGAGACUGGCUGUGGAGGCCAACAAUGUGCGUGGGUGGCGCACUGUGCCAACACAGUGCUUUCUCUAUCUCCAAACAUACAUGACCGGAGGACAGUACGACCGCGACGUCGAAUUCAUUGUUGAUGAAAUUACGAGUUAUGUGAACGGAAUCGUUCCCUCGGAUGACGGCAAGGAUGCAUGGAUUUUGGAUGUGGACGACACUUGCAUAUCCAAUGUCUAUUACUACAAGGGAAAGAGAUACGGGUGUGACCCUUAUGAUCCAUCUGCGUUCAAAGCAUGGGCGAUGACAGGAGGGUGUCCGGCAAUUCCUGCUAUGUUGGGAUUGUUUAUCAAGCUGGUGAAUAGUGGAUUUAAGGUUAUUUUGCUUACCGGAAGAGGUGAAGAAACACUAGGUCAAGUCACUAUUGAGAAUCUGCAUAAUCAAGGAUUUCUUGGUUAUGAACGGCUCAUUUUGAGGACGGCAGCUUACAAAGGGCAGAGCGCGGUGGAGUACAAGUCGGCGAUUAGGAAGAAACUGGUGGAAGAAGGUUACAGGAUAUGGGGGAAUAUAGGAGAUCAAUGGAGUGACCUGCAUGGAGAUUAUGUAGGCAACCGUACGUUUAAGCUUCCUAAUCCCAUGUACUUUGUUCCUUAAUCACUAGCUAAUUGCAAUAUGUAUCCCAAUUUACAAGCCUCCACCGAAAUCACAUUAGUGGAGGCCUUCUGAAUUGUAAGAAAGUAGAUGCAUGCAGUAAACCAGAAUAUGUAAAGGCCGGUUAGGUCAUCUAGCUACCAGCAGCAACGUACGGAGCAAAA